AUGGAUUCUUGGGACUCAGUGCCAUCUGUUUCUGCUGAGCUAGGCAUCGAUUCAAAUAAUCAAGGGCUAGACCAGGAGUCGUCCUCGGCCUGGCUAGACUUUGUCGACUGGCCUUUGUCGAAUUCGGGCAUAUGGGUUGAAGGGACCCAGCACAGCACUUCCACAGAAGGCGUAACCCUCGAGGGUGUUGACUUUCAGGGAUUUGAGGACCAGAAUGUGGAAAUAGACACCACAAAUGAAAGAUUUCAAUGCCAGUCUCUGCCCGACAAAGGGCAGCCGGACACAGACGAGUCUAACCUGGAACAGACCUGGCCCGGACAUCUGGACAGUCCGGACGCGCCGCUGACAAAUCAAAUAAAAGAAGAAAGAAGCCGCUCAAUCGGCUGCUCUGGAUGCCCCGCCUGUGUCUAUCCGUCGAAGGUUCCUGGUUACAGUCAUGAUCAAUACGACUUCCGGAAAUGCAUCAUUCAAAUCUUUUGGGAGCUAACUGACAGUCCUUCCACCCUACAAAAAUUGAAACUCGGAACAAAGGCUCAACUUAGGGAGCUACUUGUAGCUUCUAGUCAGUUCGCAGCCGAAGUGGGAGAUGACAAAUUGAUCAUCAUAUCAUUGGCUUCUUUACAACAUUGCCUGGAGAUUUGGAGACUUCAGAUUAAUGGAUUACUCUACCACGGGAUGCACAAGGCUUGUGGUACCGGCCCAGAAGAUAAAUGUCGCUUCAAGUGCUUCGCAGACCUGCAGAGCCAGAUCGACCAAUACGCAUUGGAACUUUCUCGGGUUUUUUUCCGCAAGAGAUCUCUACAAAGUGAUCGACGAUGGUGGCUUUCCGUCUUCUACAGUCUUUGUAUUCAGGCAUCCGUUCGCCAGACGCUUUCGAUGGUUCAGGCUGAAGUCAAUAUCCGGCUGACUGCUGACCCUCAUAUAUGGAGUCAGUACUGCUAUACAGCUCUCAACAUAUUUGAUGCCGCAUCGGCUGGGUGGGAUCCGAUCACAUCGGACCACGGGACUGGCCACUUGCUAUCAGGAUCAGCACUCAAUCAAAGAUUGGCCGGGCACAUCGCGACUGCGCGCAAGACCAUACUCGAGAAUUUUAUCGGAGACCAACGGCACAACUCUUUUGAAUUUCUCAAGAAUUUAUUCGAGAUGGAUAAGGAUGCGGAUGUGGUGGCACAAUGUCGAGUCUCGACUCGAGGAACCUCAUCGAGGCCCUCUACAGCCGUGAGCCCCCAACCGGCACUAUCCAUCCCCAGCGCCGAGCACACGCCACAGUUCAGCGACUCUGAACACGCAAGUACAGAUGAUAUCGAGUACCAUGGCUCCGAAACGGAAGAUCGCAUUCAUCAACCGGCUCCUCCUUCUAGGUUUUUACAGAUGGACAGUUGGGAGGGUUUAAGGAGAUAUGCGGGAGGAACAAAUAAAAGAAGAGCCACAUCUCCUCCGGAAGACCACGAUAGUAUGAGAAGACCUAGCACGGACAGCUUUUCUCGUUGCCUAUCAACUCCAGAUGACAUGUCUGACCGGACAAACUCCAUUUCAUCUGUCAACUCGUUCUCAUCAAUUAAUGCGGCAUACGGAACAUUAGCUUUGGACUCACCAGGCAGCGGAUUCUCAUCAGAUUUGAUGACAGGGAGCUCUCGGGCGGGAAGACCCCCGGCCCUCUAUAUGUGCAACUGUUGUCCUAAGAAGCCAAAAUCGUUUGAGACACGCGACGAGCUUGAUGCCCACGAAUACGAAAUGUGCAUUGUCCACGAGGCCGAAAUGUCAUACAAAUGCAUUCAUUGCGAGAACCGAUUUGGAAACAAGAAUGAGUUGGAGCGACAUGCCAAUUCCUUACAUACCAGCAGAUACUCGUGGUCCUGCUCAUAUCUUAGCGCAUACGACAAAGCAUUCCACGAGUCAAAAUCUCGGCAUGGCCGGGCGGACACGUGUGACUUCUGUGGUGUAGAUUUCGACAGAACAGGCACAACGACCUAUUCAUGGUACGCCUCAGAAGACGAUUGGGAUGGGAGGGUUCGCCAUCUUUGGGAACGUCACAAGUUUCGUGAAUGCAAUUCUUCGAAGAAAUUCUACCGGGUUGACCACUUUCGUCAACACCUCAAGUCCUCACAUGCAGCUAUCAUGGGGAAAUGGACGAAUGAUCUGGAGGAGACCUGCAGGAAAACGGAUGUUCCCUGA